AUGGAUCACAUAGGGGCUCAUCACCUGCACCAAGGCCAGGCCGAGCCCAUCAGCUUCGGCAUCGACCAGAUCCUCAACACGUCGGAGCCGGGCAGCUGCAUGGUGUCGCACCCGCGGCUGCAGGACUCGGCGGAGUACGGCCUGGGCUGCAUCGUGGGCAGCGCCUACAACACCGUGACCGGCAGCUACGGGGCGAGCGGCGGCGCGGCCGGCGCCUAUAACGGCACCUCCUGCAGCAUGGGCGCCCUGCCCGGCUCCUACAACGUGAACAUGGCGGUGAGCAUGAACGGCAACACCUUGAGCUCGGCCGGCGGCGUGAUCCGCGUCCCGGCCCACCGGCCCGUGGCCGGCGGCGUGCACCAGCCCCUCUCCGCCGCCGCCGCCGUGCCGGCGGUGAACGCCAUGAACAGUCUCACGGGGCUCACCUUCCCCUGGAUGGAGAGCAACAGGCGGUACACGAAAGACAGGUUCACAGGUCACCCCUACCAGAACCGCACCCCCCCCAAGAAGAAGAAGCCGCGCACGUCCUUCACCCGCCUGCAGAUCUGCGAGCUGGAGAAGCGCUUCCACCGGCAGAAGUACCUGGCCUCAGCCGAGCGCGCUGCCCUGGCCAAGGCCCUCAAAAUGACGGACGCCCAGGUGAAGACCUGGUUCCAGAACCGGCGCACCAAGUGGAGGAGGCAGACGGCAGAGGAGAGAGAGGCAGAGAGGCAGCAAGCAAACCGCAUCCUCAUGCAGCUGCAGCAGGAGGCCUUCCAAAAAACCAUCAACCAGCCCAUCCAAGCAGACCCCAUCUGCGUCCACAACUCCUCCCUCUUCGCCCUCCAGAACCUCCAGCCCUGGUCUGACGACUCCACCAAGAUCACCAGCGUCACCACCGUCGCCUCCGCUUGCGAAUGA